AUGCGGUAUCACGUACAACCUCGGGGAAUUCGCUGGAGCCUAUGGAAGGAUCUGUGGCACAACAACCUUGCCGAUCUCAAGACCACCAAAGAAAUUUCCCCGACGACAAUAUUCGUCGCUAUUGAUACCGAACCAUGGCCGGGUCAAGCCGGGACAAAUUCCACUGAUGAAGCAGCCGCUCAGAUUGGCAUAGCCUUACUUGCCCCCCGGGCAGAUGACGCAGGAAAGAUCGAUGAGCCGCCUCAGACUCUUGAGGAAGCUCAGCAACGAUUCACAUCUCCUCACAUUCCAUCCACAUCAAUGGCCGAGAGCGGCUGGGAUGAAGUAGAGGACACCGUCCUCAACCUUGUCCAUACUUUCCAGCAACAAAUGUGCUUGUCUCUCGGCAAACCUUUAAAGCUUACUCUCGUCGGGUUUGACCUUUAUCACGAAUUUCGUAUUCUGUCCCGUCACUACAAGCGGAUCCUUGACUGCUUCACUUCAUGGGUUGAUGUCCAGGAGCUUGUCAAAGAACUCAUGCCAGACAUCAGCCAGGCACCAAGCUUGCGAAAUACUCUGAUCGGCGUCGGAUACGAACCCGUUUUCCCGACCAAGCCGGCGAGCUCCGAUGGCCACGAUGCCGGGAAUGAUGCUAUGCGUUGCAUGUCAGUUCUCGGCACGCUCUUGCACUACUCGCCGCCAGGUGAAGAUUUGGCUCGGGCUCACUCGGAAUAUCAUGCGAAGCGCUGCCAUGAAAGGUCAAAGGCGCAGCGCGCAAAGGCCAAUAUGCAGAGACGUGACUUGUUUUCCAAGGAAUGCCCUUGGCCCGCAGAGAAGUAUCCAUUCCGAGCAAAGGUCGACUUGCCAGGAACCUACAUUACGAAAUGGCAAGACCCGGCGGUGCUGUGCGAAUAUUUUCUCAAAUACAAACCGGUGGCGGCAGGUGGCAAUAAAACAAAGACAUUUGGGGGCUGGAUCUGCUUCGCGAGCCUGGAGGAGCUGGAGCUGUUCUUGAGAGAGGUUGACGGGAUGGAGGAUGUAGAGGGAAGGGGAACUUGGCUCGCAAAAACACGGUAUAACCCAAAUGUAGUCGAGGCGGUCACAAAGGCAGAGCUGGACGAAUACCUACGGGACAAGGCAGCCGCCGAGAUUGCCGAAAAACGGCGAAUUCGACAGGAGAAGAAGCAAAGGGAGGAGAUAUACGGAUAG